CGCAUUUGAAUCAUUUCAACACGUCACGGGGGUCUCUCUCCUCCCGCCCCAUCGCCUCAUUGCUCUCUGAUUAUUCUGGUGGAGAAGAAACGGUUCAUUUCUGUCUAGCGUCAUUGUGAUCGGGGAUUUUGGGGGGAACGCUGAUGCUGCUUAACUUCUCGUGCUGGCACUUGUUCAUUUCACAUGCAGAUGCGCUGAACUGUGCUUGACUCAUCAUUUGACCAUGAGAGCUGCUGGACACUGUUAAAGGUCGGAAUAAAAGCGAUGCAUCUGGAAGGAAUCGAUGCAUUCGUCAGUAGUGUCUCAGCCGAGCGCUGAUAAAUAAUAAUGCUACUGGACCAGCUGCGAAACUAUCCGAGGAACGCUGUUAAACCUCAGCACAGGAAUACACACUAACUGGAGCAGUUUAUUUGGUCUCAAUACCAGACGUAAGUCUCAAUAUGCCAGUGUUGUGAGUUUGCCUCAGAAGAAGACUAGAGGAUAAGCCUCCACAUGAUACUGAGAGGAACAGAGACCCGGGAGGAUGUCAACAGAGGCAGAACUUCAAGCAGAUGUCAAACUCACGGUCAAGAAGGAGUCCAGAAGACGAGGUGGGGAUCGCAGCGAGCAGGCCCUGAUUCAGCGCUUCAGAGGCGACGGCGUCAGGUACAAGGCCAAGCUGAUCGGGAUUGAUGAUGUGACGGCCACACGCGGAGACAAGCUGUGCCAGGACUCCAUGAUGAAGCUGAAGGGGAUUGCUGCUUCAGCGCGGUCCAAAGGGAGCCACAAACAGAGGGUUUUCUUGACUGUGUCUUUUGGUGGAAUCAAGAUUUAUGACGAGAGAUCAGGGGUCUUACAGCAUCACCACUCUGUACAUGAAAUCUCUUACAUUGCCAAAGACACAAGGGACCAUCGCGCCUUCGGCUACGUCUGCGGGAAAAAAGGCAACCACAAAUUUGUGGCAAUCAAGACCAGCCAUUCGGCAGAGCCAGUCAUACUGGACCUGCGUGACCUUUUCACUCUCGUCUAUGACAUCAAACAGAGGGAGGAGUCACAGAAAAAGGCUGAGAAAGACAAGCACUGCGAACAAGCCGUCUAUCAGACGAUUCUGGAGGAUGAGACUGAUGAUCCAGUGUAUCAGUACAUUGUGUUUGAAGCUGGACACGAGCCCCUCCGUGGCUUCCAAUCAGAGGAGAGCGUUUACCAGGUCCCCACAAGUCAGCAGAGAGACGGGAUCUAUGACGCUCCAAAACACCAUCUUAUGACUAAUAUAAACCAGUUUGAUCUUUUCGGUGACAUGGCAACCCCACCAGACAUCCUUUCUGUGCCAGCAUCGCCUGCUACCACACUGGAUCCUGGAAGGAGGGGACGUCAGCACCGUCCCGAACUCUUCACUCAUUUUAGCCCACCGGCUGUGCCCUCGGGCUAUAUGACCAUGGGUGCAUUCCAGGCUGCCCACUGGACCCAACAGUCAUUUGGUACACAAGCCGCUCCAAUGGCCUUUGGGGUUCAGGGACCAUUGCAGGUGGCCCAGAUGCUCCCUGGAGGCCAGCCUGUGAUUUGGGGUCAGGCUAAUCUCUUCCACUCUCCAGCCACGGGCCAGCAGCAAUGGGCGUUUUUACCAUCCCAGACAGUUGGAAUGGGGGCGCAUCCGAUUCCAGCCGCAGUGCUUCAAGGUCUGGUUCCCAUAGCUGCCAUGCGCCCGCACUCCUGUGAACCUCCCGAGACUUCAUCAAACAUAAUGAGCCCUCAGCACUGUGUAGAACCUACCCUAAAGGAAAGUGGAUAUAAGGACGCCCUAAACAAGGACCCCCAGGAGGAAACCAUAGCUGUUCAGAUUUGCACAAGCCAACAUGAUCCUGCACAGUCCUCUGGGAAACUGGAAAUGGACUGUUGUGGUGAGCUUGAUCUUUCACAGUUGAGAUUGACUUCAGAGUCGUCAACAUUACCAUCCCCAACUGAUUCUUGUGCUGCUACUGGUCCUGAGCAGGACACCAUGUCUCCAGCAGCUUCCCCCUCAAUAGAGCCAUUGCUCGUGACUGCAAAUGAUAGCUUAGUCAAUGCACCAGAAGCUUCGGAGGCAUGUGCUCAAACUCCCAGCACUGAUGAGAUGCCACCAGAUGCUCAGAUAAACCUUCCAGACUCUUCACAGCUGGUUGUCGAAAGAGAGAUGUCUUCUGGGAAGAAUGAGGCUCCACAUACAGAAGAGCACUAAGAGGAUCCCGAAAUCACAGUGAUACAGAUGUGUGAGCUCGGUGGGACAUUUCACAAACUCUAAUAACUGAUACAAAAUAAAAUCUAUUUUUAAUAAAAUGAGGUGCACCUUUGGUUUGUGAUGGACUUGAAAACUGUCUGUCUACCUGUAACCACUAUCUAAACUACUUUUUUUUUUUUUGGUAAAAUAAUAAUAAACUGUCACAGUAUGGGAAAUUGGAACAGUUCAAUCAAAGUUCAACUGUGAUGGACAUUUGAUGGACUUGGGGAUUGAUUUCUGUUGUCAUUUCUAAUGGAGAAGAUCACCUGUGUAGUUGCAAUCUACAUAUGGAGAAGCCAAAAACAUUGGUUAAAAUCAUUGCUUUUUUUUUUUUUUUAAAUAAUUGUAUUGAAUGUUAAUAUUGUGACGAAGAAAA